CCUUCAUCCACAGCGCUGAAGUUUUCCAUCGCAUCAAUCUGGAUGACGGACUCCGACAACGAUCUACCGGCCUGUGGGGACGAGAACGCUUUCAACCAAAGACCUGCAGGCGCCGCAUCCGACGUACACGCCCUGUCUGCCGCCCUCGCGCGCCUCCGCAAUGUGAUAUUAUCCACGCAGCCACCUCAUCAGCUCCAAGUAUCGAUCAACCGCGUCUUGUGUAUUCUACGCAAACAGCCAUUUCGCAUAUUCGCCAGCACGCCACCUGGGGAUAUGCCACUUUCGGAUUUCCUGGCAUCACCUCAAGGCCGUGCCGUAAAAUCUGCCAUGCAGAGUAUAUCGACGAUUCAACGCGUACAGUGCUUGAAGGAAGAUCCUACCACAGCCGAGCGAGUCUCUGCUGUUUGGCCCGAGCUCCAUGAGUGGCUCGACUGGCUCUCGCCGCUGUGCCCUGUAAUGACCUACGACGAUUCGCUAUACGCUCGCGUUAAAGCGACAGACUUCGUACUCUCUACCAUUCACGCCAUCCUCUCUUUGCCUACCUCGCGCCUCCAGUGGGAUAUCUUUUUCAACCCCGCGAGAAGUUUACUCAGGCUCGCUCUCGAUAUCUAUGUGCGCCUUGCGGAUGUCUACGCCUUUGCGCUAUUCAUGACGCACCCCCACGCCGCCGGAACGUGUGCUGGACUCUUCCCCAUUGUCCUCUCCCGCGCCACGGACGAGGGCCUCAAAGACGAGGUGGCCGCCGUCAUACUCGCGGCGCUACACAAUCGCCCGCGCCGUCUGUUCAAAAUGGCGGGGCGCUACAUCGAAGUGAUCGAUCCGCACACCCAAUUCGCGUCACAGCAGUUGCAACUCCACCUGAUGGGCGCACUGUGCCGUAUGCCCGCGAUGGAAGUGCAUCGCUUUCCGCGUGUCGUCGUCACGAGUGUCGUCGGAAUUGUUCGCGCGUUCGUCGGACGUCCCUCGCCCCAGUCGAGCUCAAUAGCAGGCCCCUCUCCGGACGUGUUCCCGGUGCACGUCGCUUACGAGAUUCUCGGCCUCUUCUGCAAGUACGACAAGCACGCGGCGAUGAUCGCCCUCGAAGAAGGUCUCGCGUCGCUGAUGAAUCAGGACCUUAAGCACACGCGGGAGAAUGACAUGGCGGUGCUCGUACAGUGCCUCGCCUGUACGCUCGUCUACCCCCGCGCCCUCGAUCGCGUCAACGAUCAGCUGCGUGGGUCUGGCGUCCCGCCAGACUCAGACUUGUACGCUCUUGCAAACUUUGCACAGCAGUACGACGACAUUCGCGUCACGCUCGCUGCUCAGUGGGCGACUGCCGCGCGCUGCGCCGAUGUGAAGUGCUCAAGUCCUUCCGAUGCAUCGCUUCACGCAUGCCCUUGCGCCACCGCUCUCUACUGCUCCAAAGCGUGUCAGCGAAGUCACUGGAAGGCCGGGGGACAUAGAAAAUUAUGCCCGCGCGCGCGCGAGCGCAGAGAGCCCCUAUCCCCGCGCGGCCUGUACUUUCUAGGUCUUAUCGUGCGAGACCAUAUCCUCGACGUACUGCCGAACAUCCUGGCCCAUAUGAAGAACGAAAGCGCGAGCUCUGUGGCAAUCGUUAUGGACUUCGCGCACGCUACGCCUGAGUCCACCAUGUAUCGCGUCACUGAAGCUGCGGACAGUGACCCGCGCAUCGAGGUAUACACCGUUCAUUUCUACUUCAGCAGGCAGACAAUUAUCUUCCGCCCUGCCGGCGCGCCGACCCCGCGCUUUCGACUGUUGACGGAGUUCUCGCUAGGUCGCUUCGUAAUCCUGCUGCUUGUUACAAUGGGCUUCCUCAUGAAACACCCUGUAUCAGAAGACAUUCAAUCUUAUCUUGUCGAGCCUGCCUCUAUCCGACAGUCUCUCGUCCUCGCGCGGCUCAUCGAGAACGACGCUUGUCAAACACGACUUCAAACAUGUUCUAUUCAAUCAGAUCAACAUGCCGUAAACGCCUGUUCAUUUCUCCCAUCACGAGCUUCUUGGCUGAGGAUGGACUGGGAUCCGGCACCAGUCGUUCCUCCCCGUUUCCGAGCCGAUAAGCCAUCGGCUUACACGCCAGGCCUCGCACCAGCGCCCGGUGAGCUGUCUCCGGGACCCGAGGAUCCUUCCCCUACGAUGGAGACGCAGCAGAACGAGCAAUCCUCCCAGGUCAGCACCGACGGCGCGUCCGUAGUGGAUGAGAACAUGGAUGUCCAAUAUACGGACGUAUCGAUGCACGCGUCCAGCGAGUCCUCAACACGCCACACGCACCACCAGACUUCUCCGUACCUCGAAAGCGAAAAUGGGGCAGUAAAAAGCGAGGAAACUAACGAUCCAUACAUUGAAUCUACGCCUUUGAAGAUGCGCGAUCAGUCUUCUGCGACAAUCAAGCGAGAGGCGACGCCCCGCGAAUAUGAGUAUCACGAUAGCGAGACAAACAGCUCGCGGCCUAAGAGGACCAGUUCUGGACAAACAUCGCUACAGGGACUCGAUAUGCCUGCGCUGCUGGACGCAAUUGCGGCGUUGACAGUCAACCUUCAGGCUUUUAACGAGCAUCUCCGGCUGGUCCCUGAUGUUAUCGCUGAGUUUCGUCAGAGCAGUGCGAUUAUGGCUAUGCUGACUGCUGAACUAUCUAAUGUCAUUAGUGAAGCACCACUUACCUGCAAGGAGUCCAUCAAGGCCACGCUCACGUCCGCACCAUAUACCGAGCGCGGCGCCAUACGAGGUAAUUCCGCCCUCCGAACUCACCCUUCCUCAACACCACCCGACGCAUCUCCCCCUUGUCCUCCCCAACUCAGAUCUCUUUUGCUUCUCAUCCCACCGAUUGAGAGGACGGAUGUGCCGCCUCAACUCUCGUCCCCGCUCCCUCUUCUCACCUCCUCGCCCUCCGAGUCAAAGGCGCAACAGCGCGACCUCCCUAUCGAUCGAAGACGAGCUAUCCCCGCGACCAAAGCGGGGAGUAAACGCAACCCCUGCAAGGAGAAUGGGGCGGAUGAAAGAGGAGAGUCGCAGAUGCUCCCUUGCUCCCCUCGAUAUCUCCGAGGAAACUCCCCGAACUGUCCAGAAAGCUCCUCGAACGCUCAAAGGAAGCUUCCCGAGCUCUCAUAG